GGGAAAACCGGAGUAGUUGGCAGGUAUGCUAAUGUGUCGCAUUUAAAAAGUCGGAAACCUCUGAUCCAGAGGAUCUUGCUGAGGUCCGUGAUCAUUGUACAAUUAGACGCCGUGUCUCUGGUACUGGCCACACCACACCACACUCAUCCAACCAUGCCUUUAUUGACCUUGUUUUGUGCAAACAAACAAACUCCUCCCACGAAGUUGGAAGCGUAGAGUCGUCCAAAAUGGAGAUUUUGAGAUGGAGGAGUCCCCGGGUUCAUUAAGAGGUCUGCUUUUGUAAGAUUUAAUAUCAGCAUGGAUGGUUGGGUCCAUUUUCCGGCUAAUCCGCCGUGGCUGGACAUGGUAGGAAAACUGACAGGCUCUCAGAUAAACACUGAGUCCAUUCCCUUGGGGUCCAGCCCAGAUCUGCCUGAUCCUCGUGCCAAAUGUGCGUUAUUCCAGUGUGUGGUCUGUGGCGGGGGAGAAAGCAGGUCUGUUGCACAUGCUCCCGGGUCAGCAGUGUUUCCUGAAGCUUGUUGAAAGGGAAAGAGUAGCACUGUGGAAUGUUGCAAAGGUCCCCAAGGUGCAGAAGCGGGCACUUUGAUUUCAGCGUGGAGGGGAUCAGUGAAGCCCACCUCUCGGCUCCCAGUUUGGAGGGAGAGAAUGGACGAUCGUGCCCUUCCGACCCACAAGUGUCCCCCAGUUCGGGCCUGGUACUCCAUCCCAACGUGGCAGGUCAUGGCCAGCGUCGAGAGUCUUUCCUCUACCGCUCCGACAGCGACUACGAACUGUCACCCAAGUCCCUUUCUCGGAACUCUUCUAUCGUGGGAGAACUCCACGGAGAAGACUUGAUAGUGACUCCAUUUGCCCAGGUCCUCGCAAGCCUUCGGACUGUCAGGAACAACUUCACCACCUUGACGAAUGUGCAGUGUGCAUCCAACAAGCGAUCUCCUGCUGGAAACCAGCCUUCUGUCACCAAAGUCUGCUUGUCAGAUGAGUCCUACCAAAAACUUGCAAUGGAGACCAUGGAGGAGCUGGACUGGUGUCUGGACCAGUUGGAGACCAUCCAGACCUACCGCUCUGUCAGUGACAUGGCCUCCAACAAGUUCAAGAGGAUGCUGAACCGGGAGUUAAGCCAACUGUCUGAGAUGAGUCGCUCAGGCAAUGAAGUGUCCGAGUACAUCUCCAACACCUUCCUAGACAAACAGAACGAGCUGGAGCUGCCAUGUCCCGUUCCCAAGUCGAGGGAAAGGAAGCGCCGGCAAGGCCAGCAGCAGCAAGGCGGCGCCGUGACUCAAAUGGGCGGGGUGAAGAAGGUCAACUACUCACCUUGCAUCUCCGGAAGCGCCAACAGUCGCUUUGGAGUCAAGACGGACCAGGAGGAACUACUGUCCAAGGACCUGGAGGGCAUCAAUAAAUGGGGACUGAAUAUCUUCAAGGUGGCAGAGCACUCUCACAACCGGCCCCUCACGUGCAUCAUGUACGCCAUCUUUCAGGAGCGAGACCUGAUGAGAACCUUCAAGAUUCCGGCAGACUCUUUUGUGACGUUCCUGCUGACCCUGGAGAGCCACUACCACUCUGACGUGGCCUACCACAACAGCCUGCACGCAGCAGACGUGGCGCAGUCCACGCACAUCCUCCUGUCCACUCCAGCGCUGGACGCGGUCUUCACUGACUUGGAGAUCUUGGCAGCCAUUUUCGCAGCUGCAAUUCAUGAUGUGGAUCACCCGGGGGUGUCCAACCAGUUCCUCAUCAACACCAACUCCGAGCUUGCUCUGAUGUACAAUGACGAGUCGGUGCUGGAGAACCACCACCUGGCCGUGGGCUUCAAACUGCUGCAAGAAGAGAACUGCGACAUCUUCCAAAACCUCAGCAAGAAACAGAAGCAGUCCCUCAGAAGGAUGGUCAUAGACAUGGUUUUGGCAACUGACAUGUCGAAACACAUGAGCCUGUUGGCCAACCUGAAGACGAUGGUGGAGACGAAGAAGGUGACCAGCUCCGGAGUCCUUCUGUUGGACAACUACACCGACAGGAUGCAGGUUCUCCGCAACAUGGUCCACUGCGCUGACCUGAGCAAUCCCACCAAGCCUCUGGAUCUGUACCGGCAGUGGACGGACAGGAUCAUGGACGAGUCCUUCCACCAGGGAGACCGAGAAAGGGAGCGCGGGAUGGAGAUCAGCCCCAUGUGUGACAAACACACGGCGUCGGUGGAGAGGACACAGGUGGGCUUCAUUGACUACAUCGUGCAUCCUCUGUGGGAGACGUGGGCAGACCUGGUCCACCCGGAUGCUCAGGACACCCUGGACCUGCUGGAGGACAACAGGAACUGGUACCAGAGCAUGAUCCCCCAGAGCCCCUCGCCUCCCUUCUACUCCGGCGACAAAGAGGGCGGAUCGCACAGCGAGGCGGAGGCGGGUCCUGUCGCCAGCAGGUUCCAGUUUGAACUGACGCUGGAUGAGCAGGAAAGCGACGGGACGGAGACGGCGGUCUGCGACGUCUCCCCGGCGGAGACCUAGCUAGCGCCACGGGAGUGCUCGACGAGGAAAAGAGCGCGGCAUAUUUUUUUGCUGCUUGGGCUUCGUUUCAUUGCAGCGCGGCAAUCCUACAAGGAGGCUCUUUGGGGCGUCCUGGCUGAAAAGGGCCCCCCCCCUGCUGAAGAGGCUCGGUCGGACACCCUGUGGCAGUUUGUUUUGGAGCCCCCGGCAUGGAAGGUAGGCGACUUCUGUCCCAAUGCAGACUUGGAAGUCUGCGUGUACUGGGACAAGUGAACCUUCCGGAUUUGCACUUCAGGGCGUUUGUUACAUUCCUUCAAAACAACUUUGUGUUGUGUCUGUAUCGCCAUGUGGUUCUGUGUCCAACCAGAACUACUGCUCUGCUACUUUUUUGUAACCAUUCCAUUUUGUUUUUUUCCCCCAACAUGUCUUAAAAAUGUGUGCCUUUUUUUAGGGCCCGCAUGGCCCAUUGUAUAAGGACUCCCAAAGGGAGUCCUUAUGCAAUGGGACAUAAUUUUAGGGCCCGCAUAUUGUAUAAGGACUCCCAAAGGGAGUCCUUAUGCAAUGGGACAUAAGGAUCUAUUGAAUUUGUAAGGUUUUAUUCUUUCUUUAUUAGGGACCGCAAUGUCC